UGUAAGUCCUCUAAAAAUAGGAUGUUGAGAAUUCUUUUGUUAUAUAGUGUUGUGCUAUUGAGCUGCGAACUCCCCACCAAGAUUUUCAGCUCUGAUCUCUGAAAAUCUUGUUAAGUUGUUGAUCAAGAUUCAAGAAAUCAUGAUCCCAUUAAAGCUUAUACCUUUUCUGUGGAUUCUCUGUCUGCUCCUCGUUCAGUUCUCCUCCUCAUCGCAGGUCUCCAUUUCGCUCAGCUCCAGAUCCGUUCCCAAAUCGGGAGACCCCAUAACCAUCCGGUGGUCUGGGGUUGACUCCCCGUCGCCGCUGGAUUGGCUCGGGAUUUACUCACCUGCAAACUCCUCGCACCCGGAUUUCAUCGGUUACGUUUUCCUUUCAAAGUCGCCGGAAUGGAAAUCCGGGUCGGGUUCAAUCACGAUCCCUUUGAUCAACCUGCGAUCGGAUUACCAGUUCCGGAUCUUCCACUGGACGGAGUCCGAAAUCAACCCGAAAAAGCAAGACCAUGAUCAUAAUCCCUUGCCCCGGACAAAGCACCUGUUGGCUGAGUCGGAAACUGUCCUGUUUGAACCGGGGCGGGGCCCCGAGCAGGUUCACUUGGCACUGACGGGUCAGGCGGGGGAGAUGCGGGUUAUGUUCGUGACCCAUGAUGGGAAAGAGAGUUUUGUGAGAUAUGGGUUGACCCGGAGCAAAAUGGGUAAGGUUGUGGGUACCCGGGUGUCGAGGUAUGAGAGGGAGGAUAUGUGUGAUGCGCCGGCGAACGAGAGCGUUGGGUGGAGGGAUCCGGGUUUUAUACAUGAUGGGAUCAUGGUUGGUUUGGAGGAUGGGAAGAGGUAUUAUUAUCAGGUUGGUAGUGAUUCGGGGGGUUGGAGCACAGCUUACAGCUUUGUGUCACCAAUUAAAGACUCAAGUGAAACAAUAGCUUUCUUAUUUGGAGACAUGGGAACUGCCACACCCUACUCAACUUUUGUGCGCACGCAGGAAGAAAGCAUCUCGACUGUCAAGUGGAUAAACAGAGAUAUCGAAGCUAUUGGCAACAAGCCUGCUUUGAUCUCCCAUAUUGGAGACAUAAGCUAUGCCAGAGGCUAUUCUUGGUUAUGGGAUAACUUUUUCAACCAGAUUGAACCAGUUGCAUCCAAAGUCCCGUACCAUGUAUGCAUUGGUAAUCACGAAUAUGAUUGGCCGUUGCAGCCAUGGAGGCCUGACUGGGCUUACUCUGUUUAUGGUACAGAUGGGGGCGGAGAGUGUGGAGUGCCGUACAGUCUUAGAUUCAACAUGCCUGGAAAUUCCUCGGAGCCUACAGGAACAAGAGCCCCUGCUACGAGAAAUCUAUUUUACUCGUUUGAUCUGGGGGUAGUCCAUUUUGUUUACUUCUCUACAGAAACUAACUUCCUUUCUGGAAGUAAACAGUAUGAAUUCUUGAAAAGCGACCUGGAAUCGGUGGAUAGAAACAAGACUCCUUACGUGGUUGUCCAAGGUCACAGGCCAAUGUACACCACCAGCUACGAAACAAGAGAUGUCCCCUUCAAAGAGAGGUUGCAGGAGCACCUGGAACAUCUUUUUGUGAAGAACAAGGUGACUUUGGCAUUGUGGGGUCAUGUACAUAGGUAUGAGCGCUUUUGCCCUCUUAAUAACUACACUUGUGGAAGCUUGGGCGCAAAUGGGGAAGAGUGGAAGGCGUUCCCCGUCCAUUUGGUGAUUGGUAUGGCCGGCCAAGAUUGGCAACCCAUCUGGCAACCAAGGCCAGACCAUCUGACCGAUCCUGUUUUCCCGCAACCCGUUCGAUCAAUGUAUCGAGCUGGUGAGUUUGGGUACGUCAGGCUUAAUGCCAAUAAAGAGAAACUUACAUUAUCAUAUGUAGGAAACCAUGAUGGAGAGGUACACGAUGUGGUGGAGAUAAUGGCUUCAGGACAAGUCCUCAACGGUCAUGCUGCUAGUGCUGAUGGUAGUAAUGCUGAUGGUAUUGCAGUAAUGGGCAAGUUAAACUCAAAACUUUCAUGGUAUGUUAUGCUCGCCAGUAUACUUGUUCUAGGAGCAUUUAUUGGGUAUGUUUUAGGUUUUAUUUCACGUUCUCGAAGGAGUGCUGCUACGGAGGCACAGUGGACUGCUGUCAAGAGCGACGAAACUUGAAUUCCUGAGAAUUGUAAGAAUUCUUCUGGUUUGUAAAUGUGUUUUUAUGAAUGAACAAUGUUUGUUCUUUCAAGUCUGCUGUAUAUGGAAUUUUGUCAACCUGGCCUAGAUGCAGUGUAAAAGCCAUAUAGCCAUAAAACUCUGUAUAUCCAACUUAUUGUCCUGAGAGUAUUUGUUAGUCAUUGCUGCACAGUGAUUAGUUUGUCAUAUCUACAUUGUAUAGAUUUUAAUGUGAAAAUGAGAAUAUAUUUGAAUUAGUUGUUGUUUA